CACCACGCCCUGAUCCUCCUCCCCCGAAGCCUUUCGUGCCUAUACCAUCUCCUUCUAUCACUGUCACCUCGCCUCGACAGUUCGCCACUUCAUCCUACAGGACGACGUUACCUUCUUUAUGGUAAACGUGACGGAUCUCUUACACUAUGAUCCACCCUGUCCCGAUGCCGAGCUCAUUCCUCUGGAGCCAGAUCCUCCUUCUGUCUUCAUGACUCCCAUCUCUACUUCCCACCCUCCGUCGUCCGUCGAGUCCACCCCACCGUCCCGCGCUGAUGCUUACACUGAGGAACUCGCACGUUAUACGGCUGACUUGGAGCCCGCAGUUCGUGACCUCAUUCGAGAGUACCACGACAUUUUCCCAUCGUCGUUCUCGUACGCCGGCAUCCCACCGAUGCGCGACGUCGAGCAAUCCAUCCAGCUUGUGCCUGGCUAUCGUGUUCACCACCAGACACCCUACAGACUCUCGAUCCCCGAGGCCACCGAACUCAAGCGUCAGCUUGAGGAGCUCUUGAGACUGGGUUUCAUUAAACCCAACAAAUCCCCGUGGGGUGCACCCGUUCUCUUUGCUCGCAAAGCGGAUGGAACUCUCCGUCUCUGCAUCGACUAUCACGGUCUCAACCGCUACACGGUUAAGAACAGCUACCCCAUGCCUCGUUCCGAUGAGCUGUUCGACCGCCUAGCAGGCAACCGCUUCUUUAUGAAGAUUGAUCUUCGUAGCGGUUACCAUCAGAUCCGCGUCACUGCAGCGGACCAGCCGAAGACAGCGUUCCGAUCGUGCUUCGGCCACUACGAGUUUACGGUGAUACCAUUCGGCCUCACCAACGCACCCGCUACCUUCCAGAGGGCGAUGAACAACAUCUUCAGGGACAUCCUGGAGCAGUACGUUCUCGUCUACCUCGACGAUAUCCUGCUCUACAGUCGUUUUCUUGAGGAGCGCCUCAGACACCUCCGCGACAUCCUUGACCGCUUGCGCAGACAUGGUUUCUACGCCAAGCUGAGCAAGUGCCGCUUUGCCCAGCACAAAGUGAAUUUCUUAGGACACUAUAUGUCUGACCAGGGUCUCCACACGGACGACGCGAAGAUUAUUGCUUUUGCGGAGUGACCCGUCCCCACAUCCGCCAAGCAGCUUCGCAGCUUCCUAGGCCUUACCAGCUA